GCUGUCAACAGUCAAUAUCGGCCUCAGGCACCGACGCGAUUAUUUAUGCACUGUCGUAAACACUUAACGCAAACAAGGUAAGGUGUAUAAAUUAAGUUAUUUCUGUAAUCACAUGGCGUUAUCUUAUGAUCUUGGUAUUUUUAGAUGUACAGAUAUACUUAUAAAAAGGAACAACAGCGACUUCAAUAUUUGUUUGAAACAGUCACUAUCACAGACACUGAGUCGGACCAUGAUUCUGACGAAGAUGAGAUUUCCGGUCAUCAGUUAGAAAGUUGCUUCUCCAACCAAAUUAUCGACGAAGGUGAAGAAUAUUUGGAUUCCGAGUCGGACUGUGAUGAAGCAGAUUUCGUUCAGGAGCCUCUAGAAGCUCAUAGUUCAAGCGAAGAAGCUAACAUCACAUAUUUCGAGCCACCACUCAGCAGUACCCUAAGUUUUUUGGGUAAGGAUAAGCAAACAAGAUGGAAAAAAGUUUCUCCGUUACCGAAGAAUACUAAGACCAGAUCUGAGAAUAUCAUAAAAGUAUUACCAGGACCAAGUACAUACACAAAAAACUUGAAAACUCCCAUAGAAAUUUGGUAA